UCUCUGCUAUGCCAUUAAUUAUUUAUGGGGUUCCUGUAAAGCGGCGGAGAUGCGCGAGUAGACGCCGCAGCGGCGAGGCUCGCCCGCUCUGAACCGGAGGACUCACCGGCAGAUGAUGACCCAGCCUGAGAGCGUUUCCAGAGGAGACGGAGGAGAGCACGAGGGAGGAUGAGGACGGGGGGAGCGGGGUCGAGAGCGGCAGAGGUGGGCUAUGAUGAAGUUGAGUGGGAAAGGACUGUGCACCGUGUGCUCCAGCGCCCUCCUCUUCGUGUGCGCCCUGAGCGAAGUUGUCGUUGGAUUAAGAUGCGUCUCGCUGGGAUCUACGGUGAAGGCGCACUUCCACCUCGGCGCCGCCGCCGGGGCUUUCUACUCCGGGCUGCUGGUGGGGACCGGCCAGGUGCUGCUGGGCUCGGCGAUGGUCUGUUGCGUGCGGAAGCCCGGCUGCCGGAAUUUCUUCCUCCUGGGGGUCGUUGUCUUCUUGCUGGGGGUCCUCACCGCCUUCUCCGGCGCGGUCGUGGACGGGGACACGGCUUCCUUGGUGGAGAGAAAAUUCUCCCACUACUGCUUCCACUCGGUGCUCGUCAACUCCGCCUGCCAGCGGCUGCGGGAGUACCAGCGGACCCUGGUCAUCUCCACCGUCCUCAGCACUUUGGAGUGCCUGCUGGGGCUCCUCAACCUGGUCAUCAUCAAGCGCUACAAGGCGGAGCAGUUCUCUAGGAGCCGGCAGCGGCAGCGGCAGAGCGGCGGGGGGCCCAUCGUGUUCAGCGAGGAGCGGGACUGCGCGGCGGCGGCGGGGCUCCAGCCGGUGUCCUACAUCAACCUGGGGGCGCUCGGCGUGCUGGACGAGACGGGGGCCGAGGUGCAGCGCGGGGGCCACCCGUCCAUCGACCUGCCCGGAUACUGGCCCUGGGACCCGGAGCUCAACCACUGCUUCCCGUUCUCGUACCCGAUCCCCAGCGAACUGCCGCCCGCCUACGAGGACAUUUUCCCCGCCGAGGCAUGCAACACAUAGCCGCUCCGGAGCCUCUGCUGUGACAAUCACUGACUUUCUUUUUCUUUCUUUCUCUCUCUCUUUUUUUUUUUUUUUGUGCUUAAAGCCCCCCCUCACCAAACAUCUCCCUCCAACACACACAGUAUAACAGUAAGUUACACAGGAGGUUUUAUGUCCAUUAUUCCCAUGUGUUCUGGUAACAUAUCAGAUUGAAAGCGGAUGAAACAUUUAAAAACAUUCAAUAAAAAGUGGCAGCCUGCGGGCCCAGAGCAGUGCAGGCGCAUCCAGGCCCAGAAACGCAACAGCUUUGCUGGAAGAAACGAGGUGGAGAGUCGCAGUUUUUCCUUGAAAUGGUUGCUGUUGCCGUUUUUACCUGUGAAUAAAAAUGUGUAUUUAACCUCAGCUGAAGUCACAAAACUGCUGCCAGUGUCGAGCCUGAACUUCCACGGUGUGUUGUGUUUUGUCCCCUGAUUCUCACUGAGCUGGUUUGUGGUCAGGUUGGUCAAAACAGGGCCGGUUGUAGGAGGGGGGCAGGUUUGGUGCCCCACCCUCUACAACUUUAUUUCACGCUGUGGGAAUUACAAUAGAUUGAUUUAAAACAUUUGAACUCAUGUCUAUAUUAAAAUAGACCUUUUUUCCCCUCUUGGAACACUUUUGUUUUUUUUCUUCUCAAAAAUAGAAAUAACUUCAUCCUAAUUAAAAGUCGAUGUCGGAUCUAUUUAAAGGGCCAGAUUUAGAAGGACGUGGGCCCCGGUUUUAGUGCCUUAUCUGGUGGGCGUAUACAUUAAUGGGUUAGCAGCUGCAUAUUGUUCCAGGAAACUUCAACAUUUUCUAAUACUGGAGUACUGUUUUAUUUUCAUGACUUUGUGUCCCGUGUUCUAUAUUAAGCAAAGUGUUUGUAAAACACGCAUUCAUAAAGCAACAUCAAAAAGACAAAUGAAAAAUCUUCUCUUUCCGCCCCUUUAAAGUUAUUGCCCUGGGCUACUGCCCCUCAAAGCCCUUUCUAAACUCUGGCCCAGCUGAUGUGUAACAAAAGUAACAAACACCAUGUGGAACCUGUGUUUAAAGCUCGCUAUGCCUUAUGUUAUUGAGUUCAUUGAGUCAGAGGAGGGGCUACAAAAUUAUACAUUUUUGAAAUAGUUGACUAUCCUUUGAAAGAGACAGGGCCAUAAAAUGUUUUUAACUCGGUUUGUGUUCCGACAGUAUUGAUCUCUAUUGGGCUUUUACAUGUUUUUAUUGUGUGUGGUUCUGGGAACUGACAGUCUGACGGGACAAUUCCCCGAAGUCUGACCGGGACAUUUGCUGCACUCCUCCUGAGAGUUGCACUAAGACUGCA